AUGAGGCACAACAAUGGGGUUCCUCUUCCCUUCCUUUUCCCUUUUCUUGCAUGUUGUAUAUUACCUCUGUAUGUCAACAUGGCUUUGGCACAGAGAUCCACUUAUAUUGUCCACAUGGACAAGUCUCUGAUGCCCAAGUUAUUCACCAGCCAUCAACAUUGGUAUUCCUCCAUUGUUGAUUCCUUCAAAAUUGAUAGUCACACGUCGUUGGAUCUCCACAGAUCCACGCCAUCCCUUUUGUACACCUAUGAUAAUGCCUUCCAUGGUUUCUCUGCAGUUUUGUCCCCAAAUGAACUAAAGACUUUAGAGAAGUCUCCAGCUUUUGUGUCGGCUUACAAGGACAGAACUGUCACAGUUGACACCACCCAUACCACUACAUUCCUAUCCCUCAACCCUUCCACUGGUUUGUUACAUGCUUCAAAUCUUGGUGAAGACAUCAUUGUAGGUGUCAUUGAUUCUGGAAUAUGGCCAGAGAGCGAUAGCUUCAGAGAUGAUGGUCUCACCAAGAACAUUCCAGCUAAGUGGAAAGGAAGAUGUGAGGUUGGACAAGAGUUCAAUGCCUCUUUGUGUAACAACAAAUUGAUAGGAGCAAGAUAUUUCAACAAGGGUACAAAGGCUGCAACGCCUGGUGUCACACUUAGUAUGAACUCUGCUAGAGACUCUGAAGGCCAUGGGACUCAUACAUCAUCGACAGCUGCAGGGAAUUUUGUUGAAGGGGCAUCAUAUUUUGGUUAUGCUAAAGGAACAGCUAGAGGUGUAGCACCACGUUCCAGGAUUGCCAUGUACAAGGUCUUGUGGGAUGAGGGUAGUUACGCCUCCGAUGUUCUUGCAGGCAUGGACCAAGCUAUUGCUGAUGGUGUGGAUGUUAUUUCAAUCUCACUAGGCUUUGAUGACAUGCCAUUGUACGAGGAUCCAGUAGCAAUAGCAUCCUUUGCAGCCAUGGAGAAGAAUGUGGUGGUUUCAUCUUCAGCCGGAAAUAAAGGGAUAUUCGGCCUUGGGAGGUUGCACAAUGGCAUCCCUUGGGUCUUGACUGUUGCAGCCGGCACGAUAGACCGGUCAUUUGGUGGAGCAUUGACUCUUGGUAAUGGUUUAACUGUUCCUGGAUUUACCUUGUUCCCAGCAAAUGCCCUUAUAGAAAAGCUUCCACUGGUUUAUAACAAGACAUUAUCGGCUUGCAACGACACAGACCUAUUAUAUUCUGGCCCCAGUGCAAUACUCAUAUGCGAUGACAUUGGGGAUAUCCGAGGCCAAAUAUCUCAUAUCAUUGCUGCAGAGGUGCUUGGAGCUAUCUUUAUUACAAACGAUCCUAGUAUUCGUGAACUAGGAUAUGUUAGAACUCCAAGUGUUGUGGUAAGUCCAGAUGAUGCACCGCCACUUAUCAAAUAUGCAAGAAGUGCUGACCCUAUUGUUAGCAUAGCGUUCCAACAAACAUCAGUUGGGACAAAGCCUGCACCAGCUGCUGCAUAUUACAGUUCAAGAGGUCCAUCUUCAAGUUAUCCAGGUAUCUUGAAGCCGGACAUAAUGGCACCUGGUUCAUUAGUUUUGGCUGCUUGGCCUCCGAAUGUGGGAGCAGGCCAAAUUGGUGGAAAUGUGAAGUUACCAAGUGACUAUAAUUUGAUAUCUGGUACAUCCAUGGCUUGUCCGCAUGCGUCUGGCGUAGCUGCUCUACUGAAAGGUGCACACCCUGAAUGGAGUGCAGCUGCCAUUAGGUCUGCUUUGGUCACUACAGCAAACCCAUUAGACAAUACUCAGAAUCCGAUUCGUGACAAUGGUGACCAUUUCAACUUUGCUUCACCUCUAGCUAUGGGAGCAGGCCAGAUUGAUCCUAAUAGAGCACUUAAACCCGGGUUGAUAUAUGAUGCAACCAUACAAGACUAUGUAAACCUCUUGUGCUCCACCAACUUCACUCGUAAGCAAAUCUUAGCCAUCACUAGAUCACAUGACUACGAUUGUUCCCAGCCAUCUUGUGAUCUGAACUAUCCAUCAUUCAUCGCUUUGUAUGGUCGAAACCACCCGAAGAAAUCCAGAGUUCAAAAGUUUCAGAGGACAGUAACAAAUGUGGGAGAUGGUGCAGCUAAGUACAAGGUUUUUGUAACAGCUCCAAGGGGCUCUACAGUAACAGUGUCGCCAGAGAUCUUGAACUUUACAAAGAUAUACGAAAAGCAAAGUUACACUGUUACUAUAAUAUACAAGGGUGACAAACACAACAGGAAGGUUUCAUUUGGUGACCUUGUUUGGAUCGAAGAAAAUGGAAACUACAAAGUCAGGAGCCCCAUUGUAGUGUCACCUUUUGUUUGAGACUUGGAGUUUAAGGUGAUGAAGGUCUUGAAAAUCUAGGCAAUGGAUCGUGCUAUUUUAAAUAAGAAAAAUCUAAACAUAUGUUGAUCCAGAAGAAAAAAAUAAUAAUAAUGUUGAUCCAGAA